GUAUUAUUUCAGUCAGGUAUAUAUCUGUGGGCAUCGCUAACACAGGCGAACAAACCAAGGAUUAUUCCACGAAUAAAGCUACUAGUACUAUACCUUCCCCACAGAACUAGACUUAUCGAGGCAGGAUAAGCUCAGCCUUGACUGCUGCAGAUUAAUACUGAUGCUGGUUGGAGAGGCAGACACCAAGCGUAGUAAGCGCUACUAACUGCUGCCGGUCAGGGAUACUAAGUACUACUUAGUUGGUAGUGGCGAUCUAUUGACCAACAGAGCUUCACCAUCACCUUACUAAGCUAUGCCUCAACGCCCCUAGUGUUACCAUAACCGACUAGGAUGAGAGCUAACUAAUUACUGUGCUCGAUGAUCUGACUCAGGGUCCAAGUUUAUGCUUCUGCAGAAUUCCCGUUGCUCGUGACUGUCCGAAAUGGAAACUAAAAGACGAAGAAAAUAUGCCCCCAAGUCCCGCACUGGAUGUCGAACAUGUCGGACGAGAAGAAUCAAAUGCGAUGAGGCUCCUGGAGCGUGCAAGAACUGCACCUCCACCGGACGGACCUGUGAUGGGUACGAUUUCACUCGACUUCCAACAAGUGUCGGCGGGCAUUUGCACAAUGCUAGUCGCCCAAAGUUUCAGCUGCGAGUCUGUCUCCCCGGAAUGAGUUCAGACGAACGUCGAUGUUUUACCUACUUCCAAACACAUACCGUGCCUAGGAUGGUGGGAUUCUUUGAUUCGGAACUUUGGCAGCGACUGGCACUCCAGUUGAGCCAAGCGGAGACCGCUGUAUGCCAUGCAGUUGUUGCUCUAGGGGCUUUGCAUCAAGACUCCGAAGCUAGAGGAAUGCUUGUGCAGAAAGUUGACUUGGAUCGUAAUGACCACCAUCGAUUCGCGCUCGAGCAGUACAACAGGGCCAUUUCUGCCCUACAAAAACGCCUGCAGUCAAACGAUCCUCAGGCUCGCUUGGCUGUGCUUAUGUGCUGCGUCACCUUUGUUUUCUUUGAAUACCUUCAGGGCAAUCGGGCAAAAGCAUUCGCUCAUCUCCAGAACGGGCUUCAGGUUUUGGCGAACCGCAAGGGGAACGAGGCACGUACCCUUGUAAUGUCAAAGGUAUUCCAGCCGGCCCAAGAAUCUACUGCCGAAAGGGCACUUCUGCGAGCGUUCGCACAGCUGGAUGCUCAAUCCGCGUUCUUCAAAGUAUCUGGCUCCGUUACUAGAUUGGGAGCACAGAACGGCUACUUGACUACUGAUAUUUUCAACCAAGAAUUCGACUUCCAAAGCUUGGAGGACGUGAAAGGCAAGCUAGAUCCCUUAGGAAAUGUCAUCUUCCGCUUUCGAACCACCUGCCGGUCAUUGCUCUGCAAUCCAAUGGCCGACGUCCUUCAACUCACCGUCGAGCACCACAAGCUACGGACUCAGCUAAUGAAACAUAUCUCGGCCUUUGAGGCAUUCCGCGCGCGAAUCCAUCCAUCUAAUAUGACCACCAAAGAAGCACGCAGCUUGGAUACGAUAAGACUCCACCAUAUCGUCUUAAUGGUGGAUCUGGAAACCGUACUUAGCCUGUCAGAGCUCGUAUAUGACUACUAUCUACCACAGUUCCGAACAUUCGUGGACCUUUGCGAGCGCAUCAUAAACAGCAUGAGGGCAGAGUACGGCCAGGAUCUCACCAAGAUAGUAGCCGACAUAGGCAUCAUUGCUCCACUAGGCUGGACCAGUCUUCGGUGUCGAGAUCUCCCCACUCGACAACGCGCAUUAAGUCUUCUUGAUUCUUGGCCCCAUUGCGAAGGGCCAUAUGACUCUCGAUUCUUCGCAACCCUAGCGCGUCAGGUAGUCGCUAUCGAGAGUGAGGGUGAGGUAGCAGGCUUCAUUCCAGAAUAUGCUCGUGUGCGCGACACGUCUCUGGAGAUGUUAGGGGAUGGACACCAUGCAGUGCUAUGCUAUACGCUAUCGGACCCGGAAAAGAUGGACCUCCAAGUACAUCGACGGCCGUUUCUUUUCCGAUGAUCUGAUUAGUUUGGCCUUGUCAUGGUGGAGACCACAAAGCUUAUAGAGAGAAAUGACUAUACUAUAGACUAGAAUCCCAUUUAUGUUUACUCAGACCUCUGGACAAACAAAAGGCGCGCAGCGGAAAAAAAAAAAUAAUCAGCACAGUUGAACUAUACUAGGCCACAUGCAAAAAUACAUCAUGAAUCAUAUCGACCAGAAAAACCG